UUGGACAGAAAGCGACCCAGAGCUUGCGCGCGCGUGUUUGUGCGUGCAUGUGUGUGUAUGUGUGUGUGUGUGUGUAUAUAUAUAUAUAUAUAUAUAUAUAUAUAUAUAUACAGUAUAUGUGUGUGUGAGUGAAAGGAAGGGAAAAUCAGGGAUGCAGCGCGCUCCCUGAAGCGCGCAGCCUGAACAUGGCACUUUCUCGGAUUUACCCGUUCCUCAUUUUCCUGCUGCUUUUUUUUUCCUGCUUGGGACCUGGCCGAUGCGCGCGGAACUAUCCUGAUAAUGAAGUUACAUUACUGGACUCGAUGUCUGCUCUGGGGGACCUUGGAUGGGAGGCGUAUCCAGCAGAAGGGUGGGAGGAGAUCAGCGUGAUGGACGAGCGCAACACCCCCAUGCGCUCGUACCAAGUGUGCAACGUGAUGGAGGCCAACCAGAACAACUGGCUCCGCACUCGCCACAUCGCCCGCCACGGCGCUCAGCGCAUCUACAUUGAGAUCAAGUUCACGCUGCGUGACUGCAACAGCCUUCCCGGAGUCCCUGGGACUUGCAAAGAGACGUUCAACAUGUACUACCACGAGUCCAACAAUGACAACCUGUGGUUCAUCAAGGAGAGCCAGUACGUCAAGAUCGACACAAUCGCCGCCGAUGAGAGCUUCACGCAGACCGACGUUGGCGACCGCGUCAUGAAGCUGAACACCGAGGUUCGGGAUAUCAGCAACCUGAGCAAAAAGGGCUUCUACUUGGCCUUUCAGGAUGUUGGCGCAUGCAUCGCUCUUGUCUCAUUGCGGGUUUUCUAUAAGAAGUGCCCGGCCGCCGUGCACAACCUGGCGCAUUUCCCUGAUACAGUGACGGGGGGCGACUCGGCACUUGUUGAGGUGCGUGGAUCGUGCGUUAACGACUCGGAGGAGUUUGAGUCACCGAAGAUGUAUUGUAGUGCAGAUGGCGGGUGGCUGGUACCGAUCGGGCGCUGUAUCUGCAAGCCGGGCUUUGAGGAGGGCAAGGACUACUGCCAACCUUGCAGACCAGGUACAUACAAGGCCUCGGCCAAAGACGCCUACUGCACCAAGUGUCCUCCACACAGCUACUCGCAGCAGGAGAAGGCAUCUGAGUGCACAUGUGAGAAGGGCUACUACCGCGCUGACAUGGACCCUCGAUCCAUGGCCUGCACUAGGCCUCCAUCAGCUCCAGAGAAUGGCAUCUCGACCCUAAAUGACACAUCUGUUGCGCUGGAGUGGCGUCCUCCACGAGACAGCGGUGGCCGCAGUGACCUUGCUUACAACGUGCACUGCAGGAAGUGUGCACCAGAAGGCAGGAAGUGUGGCCCAUGUGGAGGCGGAGUCCACUUCACACCUCGGCAGUUUGGCCUCGACGCGACAAAAGUGCUCGUGUCCGGCCUGCUUCCCAACACCGACUAUGCGUUUAGUAUCGAGGCGAUCAACGGCGUCUCUGAUCUGAGUCCAAGUCCGAAACAGCAGCUCACCGUCAAUAUCACCACUGGCCAGACAGUGAGUGUUAUUCUGAAAGAGAGGAAGAGUAAAGACAGCAUCACUCUGGCGUGGCAGGGACCGGACAGACCCAACGGAGUCAUCGUCGAAUAUGAAGUCAUCUAUUACGAGAAGAACCAGCGGGAUCAGAACUACACGGUGCUGAAGACCAAAUCUAACAUGAUGACCAUUGAAGGCUUGAAACCUGGCACCACAUAUGUAUUCAGGGUUCGAGCUCGAACUGACGGAGGCUACGGCAGCUACAGCGGAGAGAUCGAGUUGGAGACCAGUCAGGAAGAUAUGCUGGCUAUCGGAGAUCCGAACCAGUCCACCAUCAUGGCGGUGUCCAUAGCAGGAGGUGUGGUGCUGCUCGUCUUCCUUGUCGCCUGCUUCGUAGUGAGCGGAAGACAUUGCGGCUAUAUCAAAGCGAAACAAGAUCCCGACGAGGAGAAGAUGCAGUUUCAGCAUGGAAGAGUCAAGUUGCCAGGAAGUAGGACCUACAUUCAUCCACAUACCUACGAGGACCCAAAUCAAGCCAUUCGCGAUUUCGCUAAGGAAAUUGACGCCUCCAGCAUCCGCAUAGAGAGGGUUAUUGGUGCCGGGGAAUUUGGUGAGGUGUGUAGCGGCCGUCUGAAGCUGCCAAGCAAGCGCGAGAUCUAUGUGGCCAUCAAGAGUCUGAAAGCGGGUUACACAGAGAAGCAGAGGCGUGAUUUUCUGAGCGAGGCGAGCAUCAUGGGCCAGUUCGAUCACCCAAACAUCAUCCGGCUGGAGGGGGUUGUCACCAAAUGCAAACCGGUGAUGAUAAUAACCGAGUUCAUGGAAAACGGAUCCUUGGAUACUUUCUUAAAGAAACAUGAUGGUCAGUUCACCAUUAUCCAGCUGGUAGGAAUGUUGCGCGGAAUCGCAUCCGGGAUGAAGUAUUUAUCGGACAUGAAUUACGUGCACCGUGACCUGGCUGCUCGGAACAUUCUGGUCAACAGCAACCUGGUGUGUAAAGUGUCAGAUUUCGGCUUGUCCCGAGUGUUAGAGGAUGACCCCGAAGCUGCUUAUACGACACGGGGCGGAAAAAUCCCCAUUCGAUGGACAGCACCGGAGGCCAUCGCGUACAGGAAGUUCACUUCAGCGAGCGACGUGUGGAGCUAUGGUAUCGUCAUGUGGGAGGUGAUGUCAUAUGGCGAGCGGCCAUAUUGGGAGAUGUCUAAUCAAGAUGUGAUAAAAGCGAUCGAAGAGGGAUACCGUCUCCCCCCACCAAUGGAUUGUCCAGUGUCUCUUCACCAGCUGAUGCUGGACUGCUGGCAGAAAGAGCGAGCUGAGAGACCCAAGUUCAGCCAGAUUGUCAACAUGCUAGACAAGCUGAUCCGAAAUCCUGGUGCCCUGAAAGAGCUGGCCAACAGUUCCAUCUGGGAAGACCCGAUCACCCCAGAGUUCAGCGUCAAUAGUGUGGAUGAGUGGCUGGAUGCCAUAAAGAUGGGCCAGUACAAGGACAACUUCACAUCUGCAGGCUACGUCACAUUAGAUUCAAUAAUCUACAUCAGUGCAAGUGAGUUGAGUAAGAUGGGUGUGACCCUCAUUGGGCACCAGAAGAAGAUCCUCGCUAGUGUCCAGAGUCUGCAUGCCCAAGGGAGCCAUGUGCAAGUAUAACAGCUCUGGACAAGCUGAUAGACAGUUAGAGGAGGAAAAAGAGAGACAGUGUGGAAGUGUGGAACCCAAAACAGUGCUUCACCAUGCCAACCCCCAAUCCCGGACGUUUGGCUGCAGCCCAUGAGCUCACAAUUUGUGCGGCAGAACCAGAGACUGGUUAACAGUGGAAAAUUCAGACCAGACGGAUGAUGAUCAAACACGAACUCUGAUGAUUUAUGAACAUUAUUGUGAGAUGUGUACAGUCAUUUGCAUUGUUGUUUCUUGUCAUUUGCUUCAUUUUCCAAGGUUUGAUAUAGGUGAAUAAAAAGGUGCCUGGGUGGAUUUGGACCUAAGGGUGGUGUGUUUGGAGCCACAGUAUGAGCUUUGUCGUGUUGUGCUCUGAACAUGAUAGCAGACAGGAAGUGUGAUUUGCAGCCCUGGCUCACAAGAUGAUGUUUAUCCAGACUUGACAUUUUUAAUGGUCUACAGUAAUAAUUAUAUGAGGCAUUCUUUCUGGUUGGAUUCCCUAACUAUCAGCAAUAGGAGAUUAUGUUUCACCAGCGGAAGUAGGGCUAGCAGUAUUCUGGUCUUUGUGUUUCAGAUUACUGCAUUAUGGUAUGAGGAAACAUUGCAAUGAGAAGCUAAUUUAUGGUUAAGAUAAGAGUUGUCCCAUGCUGUAAUACCCAGUAGAGAAUGUCAGGGGUUUGUCUUUUUUUAGUCACUACAGUAUUAGUCAUACUGUGGGCUAGUGUUUGAUAGUUAAUGCUAGUCAUGGUUAUUAAAAAUAAGGAUGGGUCUCCUUCAACGCAACGGUAUUGUCUUUUAAAAAAUGAGUGAGAAUGUCUCUGUGUGUGGACCUAUAAACUGACUUAUUUUGGGUUGGUUCUCAUUUCAUGAAUGCAGAAAAGCAGAACAUGCCCGUUUGGGUAUGUAGAACACCAUGGUACACAUGCUAUACACGGCUGAGAACUUUAAAGGAAUUCUCUACAUAAAAACAUCAAAAUAAAGGACAGCAGGUAUAACAGAGCCAGCUGUCAAAUAAUUAAUGAUAACAGUGGCUUUUUUGAGUCAAGUAUUCCUUUAAAGUUUUAAAGCAAAUUAGCCUACACCUUUAACUAUGUAGCUAACUUGGGAAAAUUAAUAAACCAAUUAACAAAGUCCUGAGUAUGGUAAGAUGUUACACAUAGCGCAACAAUGCAUGGGAGCAUUAUUUGUGUUUAGCAUUAUGAGGAACACAUAAUAUAUACACAGACUCUUCCCAGGUAGCAAACUGAUGCUUGCUCAAUGUCUAGUUCAGGUGGCUAGAUUGAUCCUCCCUAUACUACAUUUUGUCAAUGUUGGGCAAACGUUGGCAAGGGGGAUUUAGACGUGGCUGAAAGUUGGGCCUAGUGGCCCAAUGUUAGCCCAAUGGACAAAAUGAUAUUGGGCCAAUGUUGGGAAGUUGAACUUAAAGGCGGUCCUGAUGGCCCAAUCUUAGCCCAGUGGACAAAAUUAUACUGGGCCAACAUUGGCAAGGUGGAUGUAAUGGUUGUUAAAAUCUGUUUACUCUGUUCACCAAAUGCUAAUCCAGUGUAUUUUGCAACCCAACACUGGUGAUGGCUGACAAAGUCAGUUUGCUACCUUGGUGAGCUCUGUGCAUCAACAUUAAACACCAUGACUUUCACAGUAUGUUUAUUUACAGCAGAACAUGUAACACAACUUACACUCUUGUAAAAUAGUGUAUAAAGGUGUACAGUGUCGAAUUCAAACGAGUGAACGAAAAGCUGUAGAAUGUUUGUAAUGUACUUUAUUUCAUUUUCUGAAGAAGUUAAAGAAGAUGUGAGACGUAUCGAUUGGUGGAGCUCAUCACCGUGGGAUAUAACAGAACUCUGGAAUGUAGCAUGGAUGCUAAAGCUUCAUCUUUUAUAAGCAAGUGACAGUGACUGCGGUUCUUUUCUCACUCCAGUGGUGGCUGUAGCUGCUUGACGUUAGAUGCCUUACUAACUGUGCCGUUUCUUUCUCUUCUUCCUGGUAGAGGCAGUAUCAUGAUGAGAUAUAGUGAACAUAGUAUUUAUCAUAACAACGCCACUGAAAGCUAUAGUGGAUGUUGGCGCAACACGUCCAGCUUUGUGUUACUUCACCUUUCAGAGGUUGAACCUUCUUUUAUUCACAGUAUUCAAGCUUGUUUUGGUGCAUGCAACUUUGGGGAAAUAGCGAUCACACCUAUUCAUGCUGAUUUUGCUGCAUUUACAACACUAAUAUUUUUGUACUCCUUCUGUAAAAUAUUCAUUUCAUUUACACAAACAAAUGUCAAACAUAGGUUCCUAAGUUAUUCUUAAGAUAAGUUUACUAGCAAACCCCUUGUCUUUUAAUCCAUAUGCUUUCUCUUUAGUGCUGUGGAACAUGACUGAUGACAUCUCUAAUUAUUAAAAAUAAUGCUUGACCAUGGUUUAUUAACGUGGGAACGAUGAGUGGGGUUGAAAGAUGAGCAAGGUACAAGAUAAUUAAGUUGUGGCCCCAACUUAGUAACUUCAAGGGAAUGAGAUAAUUAAGAACAAGAUAAUAAAGUCAUCGGCAUGACUUAGUAAUGAGGGAAUGAGGUAAUUAAGUUGUGGCCAUGAUUUAGUAACACAACUGAACAAGAUAAUUAAGUUAUGGACAUGACUUAGUAAAGUGAGGGAACAAGAUAAUUACGUCGUGGCCACAACUUGGGGAAAACGAGGGAAUGAGAUAAAUAACUUGUGGAAACUUGAGGGAAUGAGAUAAAUAAGUUGUGGAGUUAGGAUCGUGACUUAUUAAUGCAAGGGAACAAGAUAAUUAAGUUGUGCCCAUGAUGUAGUAACAGAAGGGAACAAGAUAAUUAAGUCGUGAACAUGAUUUAGUAACACGAGAUGAUUAGGUAAUGAACAUGAUUUAGUAACACAAGAGAGCGAGAUAAUUAGGAAGUGAACAUGAUUUAGUAACACAAGAGAACAAGAUGAUUAGGUAAUGAACAUGAUUUAGUAACACAAGAAAACGAGAUAAUUAGGUAGUGAACAUGAUUUAGUAACACAAGGGAAUGAUUUAAUAAAACAAGAACGAGAUAAUUAAGUCAUAGCCAUGAUUUAUUAACUCAAAGGAAUGAGAUAAAUGAGUCAUAAACACAGUUUAGUAAUGCGAGGAAAUGAGAUAAUGAAGGUAUGGCCACGGUUAGAGACUGGUCAUGGUCACCAACAGGUGUUUUGGGGGGAAAAAACAGAAUGUUCUUUUUGCGUAAGUCUGUUCAAUGAAAGCAAUCUAUUUUUAUGAAAAUAACGUAUAUAAUAUACAAAACAACGAACAUCUCAAUUCUAUCAUUUACUAUAACUAGAUCAAAGAGAUGAUGGUAUUAGCAGUGAGAUUGCUAUUGUUUUUUUAAUAUGAAAUCAGUUAAUUCUGACAAUUAGGCAACGAGAAAUGAAGUCUUCAGUAACGAUCUGUCUCCAAAUUUGAACUUCAAUAGGAUUUCAUAUUUCAGCAAAACCAUGCCUCAUUAAUAUGUGGCCACAUUUAAUUAUCUCACUACCACAAUUUAAUGAUCUUGUUCCCUUGAGUUAGUAAGUCAUGGCCACGCAUUAUUUAUUUUUUUCUUAUUAAGUAAGAAUGUCACCAGUGAGGCUCCUUCUAGUACAGAUAUUACCCCAGUGACAUUUUCCAUUUCUUGCUAAUGGUGUAGUUAUUCCUUAUUUGGUGUAUUGUAAUUAAAUAUAAAACCAUAUUGCCCAUACAUAAUUUGGGACAAAGCAUAAUCUGUAUCGCACUGUGCAAUUUGUUUGAAACAAUUCCAUGUUUGGGGAAUUUCACAUAAAACAGAAUUCAUGAACACUCCUUAAGGAAAAUGAGUUUAAGUUGCUAAUGUCCCCUGUUAUUAUUUAUCUGAGGUACAUUGACUUUUUUUUAUUAUUAUUCUUGAUGUUGUUUAAGUCUUAUUGUUUUGCUUUUUAACAUUUUUUUUUUUUUUUGCACCAUUCACACAUUAACACAAAGUGAAAGCAAAUUAAUCUGUCAUCCAUUCCAGCUCAAGCGGUCUUAACGACACUUAUUUACUGACUGCAAGCGACACAGCAAGACGCAAACUGCAGUAUUCGUUUGAAAAGCCAUUUCUGGCGUUCGUUUUUAUGUUCAGUUUAAAUCUCUGUGGCAGAAUUCGGCUGCUUUGGAUUCUCUCUAAUAAGUCUAUUAGAGGAGACAGACAGUGUGGUGAUUAAGAUUAAGUGAACGUGGGAUAUAUUUUGGGAGGCACCACGAGACAGAAAAAAAAAAAAGAUACUAAUGGAAAUGAUGAUAAUGAUAUUCCAGCUUGUUUUUCUCUCCCAUGACAAUGCACUGGAAAAACGAAGUGACCAUGUGAUUUUUUAUCCAAAUGUAAGAAUAUAGUCACUAACGACGAGGUGAGUGUCCAAAGAUGGACACUCUACGUUCACACUAGCAACAUGCGACCGUUCGUACGUUUAGGACGCAAGGUCUAGAUUUCUGAGACAAAGCGAUGGCACAACAGCGUUUCACUUGAGAUUUUCUCGAUUCUAUCCAAAUUAGUCUCCAAACAAUUAACCUGAAUGAUACUUUGGACCAAUCCUAUGGCAUGUGUGGUUUCUUCCAUUCCCCACUCACAACCUUCAAAUAAAUUGACAAAAAAAACUUAUACCUGUGGUUUUAUCUUAUAAACCUGCCAUACAAUCUCAAUAAACGUUUAUAGAAACAUUAAAAAGAAAAAUGAAACUCGGAAGGAACUGACGGAGACUGUUGAUGCCGCUGGUGAUUGUACGUAGAUAGUACAGAUUUCUUGCUUUGCUAAUCUGUUAAUAAGGCUAGUACGAAGCCUAUAGCACGUAACCUAUAAAUCAACCAAUUUUCGUACAUUAUUUUAUUUUUAUUUAAUUAGUUAUCUGUGAGCUAUACAUUUUGGCUACUGCCGUAAAAUAAAAUAAAAAAAGCUGGACAGGCCACACCCACUAUCGACAAAAUAUCAAAAAAGUUUUGUUUUGGGUUUUUUUUCCUGAAAUGUUUGUAUAUGAUUUAGCUCUAAACAUUUUUGAGGGGUGGCAGCCAUGGCUUCUUAAAAAAAUGUACAUUUUAUUUUGAUUAUAUUUAGCAAGUUGUUUGUGUCCAAACAUGUGAAGUGUGUGUUGGGGGAGGGGGAGGGGGAGGGGUUGUCUUUAAACUGCAAAGUAGCUACAGUAUAAACUAAAAGUGGGUGGAGCUAUAUGAUCGGAAAAAAGCAUGUUUGUGUGUCUUAAAGCAAGGAACGUGAUCGAGAAGACAUGAAUCUACAGAUUGUGAUAGUCAAAAUUGAUAGUAGUCAAUGACUAACAAACAAAAAAAGGGUCUGAAAUGAAUGUUUGUCUAAAGCAUAUUUGUUGCAAGAUAAUAAUAAUAAUAAUAAAAACGGUCAAUUGUGAUGUAGCUAGGCUAAUGAUGUUUUUCCAAAAAUUGUCCUUGAAGUGACUCUAAUGCAGGAUGUGUACAUUUCUUUUGACUCCGUAUUACUGGUUCCUUCUGACAGGUCAUCUAUUUAAGCCGUGCCCGAUGUCUUUUAGUUGCUGCAGGUUUCUGUUCAGCCCACUGCAAGAGUGUACACUUUUCAUGUUGCUGUAAUAAACAUGCGAAUAAUUUUUAUUUCUCAA